UGCUCUCUCUCUCCCUCUCUCAAAUAAAAUAAAAUUAAAAAGUUGAGUAGAAUGGGCAUGGGCAUGUUAUCCAGCUUCUGAGCAUGAAGAAAGAAUGUGACCCUAGCCUUUCCCAUGGUGACAAUCUCCCCACAACAUGCCCCUCACAAAGAGUCUCCCCCAUCCCUCUCCAGAAGAGAAGAGGAAACACAAGCACCUAGUGCAGAGCCCCACUUCCUACUCCAUGGAUGUGAAAUGCCCAGGUUGCUAUAAAAUCACCACCAACUUUAAUCGUGAACAAAUGGUAGUUUUGUGUGUUGGCUGCUCCACUGUUCUCUGCCAACCUACAGGAGGAAAAGCAGGGUGUACAGAAGAAUGUUCCUUCAGACAGAAACAGCACUAAAAGCACCCUGCAUCAAAAUGGGAAACCAUCCCAAUAAACACAUUUUGGAUACAAAA